GUCGAGACACUUUCAAUGCGCAUGUGUGUUUUUGCUGCUGCGCGUGACGGGCUUCUAUAGCAGGCUAGAAUUCGCUUUCACCUGCACUUCCCACGUUUCGGCCUUCGGUUGUUGCAGCACUGGGUGAGCUGGCCACGCUUCGCCAGCUUCUUGAAGAAGGCGGAUCUCCCCACGGCAUCUCCAACCACCUCCGCCCUUUGUCUUUCCUCUCUCUCUCAAGUCACUCCAUCUUCAAUCACCGCUGCCAAACGUCCGGACAUCAUUCUUCAGCAUCGUUCAUUAUUAUCCACAGCGUGUAGUCAUCAAAAAUCGCCCUCACAGCUGCAUCCGCAACAUCUCUGCACCGACGACGCUCGGCUCCGCACAGUCCGCUCGCUUCGCCCUUCAAGCCGUAACACAACCGCAAUGCAAGCUACGCGGCGGCUGCUCUCGCAGCGCCAACCGAUGAUUAAGUUCCUCGGCAAGCGAAGUGUUCCUGCCACAAUCGAUCACACUCCAAAGCAACAUCCCGCAUCGGCAACCGCCCUACCGCCGUCCUUCACCAAAAAGAACUCAUUUGCUGCAUACAGGCAAACCGCACAGCAACAUGGACCUCUGAACACAAGCUCCAUCGGUUCCAGACCUGGCCAUUCGCUAGGCCCCAUCGAGCCAGAACCAGGCGUGUUUUUCGACCGAAAUCAACUAGGCGCGAAGUAUCAGAAGCUGCCAUGGUCAGCCGCUGAGAUGGAAGCCAUCGAGUCGGGAGGGGCGAGCAUGUGGGCAUAAGCUUCUUUGUGGAUGGAAUGUGGUACCACCGGGUAAUGCUGGUGCUGUUCGAAAAGUGUGAUGAAGAGCCAGGACCGUCAUGUACAUAGGCACAGGAAAUCAUCUCUCACAGGCAUAUUGGAGCGCUGGGUUUCACGUCAGCAAAUCGCGCGGGAAACAAAAUAAAAAGCAAUUUUCACAAGGGUAUCCUUCAAAAUGUACGAUGCUCAUAGCCGACUGUAUGUACACUGAAAUGAAAUAGCCCCUUCCCGAUACUCAA